CAACAACAACAACAACCACGACAACGUAGCCCCGGUGGUGCGCUCGCGUUCCCGCGUCGGUGCGGUGCGGUGGUGCGGUCAACGGGUGUCGGAUGACUUCCCCAGGACGACAGACGUGCUUCGUAGUCGUAGAAGGUUAUCGCACAUCGUCCCGAUCGUUAUAUCCCGCAGCGCGUGCCGUCGCGGAGGUGGCGCGUCGUCUAGGGUGCAGGCCGAACGGAGCGACAGCGGUAACGGUGUCCCGGCGACGUCGACGUCGUCGGUGGUGCGCCGGCCCGCCUACCCGCGUCAUACCCGCGUCGCGUACCCCGUGCACGUCGCGCGUACGCCACCGCCACCGCCGUGAUGGCGGAGCUACCUCAGCCUGACAUGUCGCACCUCACCCCCGAGGAGAGGCGCAUCAUAGAGGGUGUUUUAAUGCGCCAAAAGGAGGAGGAGGAGCAGGAUCAUGAGAUUAUGAGACGAAAGCAGGAUGAGGUGCAGGUCCUCGAGGAAACGAUACGGAUGCGUUCGGAGAAACACAAAAAGGCCGGGGUCGAGCUGAACGCCACGUGUCACAUAUGCCUGAAAACCAAGUUCGCCGACGGCGUCGGGCACAUCUGCAACUACUGCGACAUCCGAUGCUGCGCACGCUGCGGCGGAAAGGUUACUUUACGGUCAAGCAAGGUGAUAUGGGUGUGUAUACUUUGCCGGAAGAAGCAGGAACUUCUUUCGAAGACUGGACAAUGGAUGACGACGAAGACGGGCCUCGGCGCCGUGGACAGCGCGUUGCUGCGGCAAAUGCAGGAGGACUUGCAGGUGGGUGGUCGUCAGGGACUCGCGGACCAAACUCGGGAUAAAAGACCGAAACUCGAGAGGGCGCACAGCGCGGCUGAGAAAGAGAAUUUGCCGUUAUUACAGAGAAGCGGAAACUGUCCUCUCAGGAGACAGUACUCCCAGCAAGAGCAGAUCUCGGGUCGCCGGAUGUCCACGAGCGACAGUGGGGUGGAAAUGUCCGUUUCGCCUCACGCGAGAACUUUACCGACGCCCCACGUGGUUAGUUCUUACCCGGUGCAACAAACUCCGAGGCAUCCUGCAGCCUAUCCUGACGACGAUCCCAAUUUAUACCGAGGCGAAAUCGACGGUCUGAUGAGACAACAUCCGCCGACUUAUCAGAGGCAACGAUCUUAUCAAGAUCCAGGUACCGACCUCGGGAUGACGUACGGUCAGACACCGAUGGAGACUAGCUCCGUUCGUACCGCAGUGCAUCCCUCUCAGCAGCACUCGUUGCACCAGACACAGAGCGGACGUCCCGCUCAAUCCGCGUCAACAGUGGGCGUCCCGCAGCAAAGAAGUUUCAGUAGCAGUGAGGAAGAGCGAAGCACACCGGAGUGCGCCAGCGACGAGCCGGACGAAUCGGAGAAGGGGAAGGGGUACUACCACCACGCGGGAGGUCCGAAAUCGAUGUCCAGUGGUGGGCGUAGGCACAACGGAUCCCACAAUGGGCACCACGGGCCGGACGCGGGCAUGACGGCCGUGGAGCAUAACGGCCACCAUCCACCGCGAGAGCCGCGAAAGGAAGAGAGCACUCUCGUCAGACGGAGCUUCCGAAGAUGCGGCGACGAGUGGCGCGCCGACAGUAGGAGGUUCACGGAGAGAAGGGGGAAAAAGACAGUGCGUUUUGAUGGUGGGACCAAUGUCGGCGGCCCUCAGGAGGAGGAAUGGUCUUGGGAGGCCGAUCGACAGGGUAGCCAAGACAGCGCGACCAAAGACUCCGGGAUAGACACUUCUAGCACCUUCACGAGCAGUGAAGACAGCAACAGGGGCGAUCUGCCCAAGCAUCCAUUAACCUGGCAAGUGAGCGAGGACGGUCAGAAGAUUAUCGGCCACAUGGUUUUGCGAAAAACGGCCGGCUCCGGAAGCUCUAGUAGUAUACUCGGACUAAAAGUUGUCGGUGGCAAGCUAUUGGAAGAUGGUUCCAUGGGCGCACUGAUCGAGAAGGUGAAAGAGGGUAGCACGGCGGACAUAGAAGGUGAUUUUAGACCUGGUGACGAGGUGAUCUCGUGGAGUGGGAGGUCCCUUCGAGGCAAGAGCUUCCGGGAGGUUUCCGACAUCAUCGCCGAGUCGAGGCUGGAGCCGCAGAUCGAGCUGGUAGUUGAGAGAAAGUUGUCGUCGACGACGACGGGCAUGGCGCCUGCAGGACCGGGCCCAUCGACGCCCAUGGCGUCCAGGAGAAUCGUCGCCCAGAGCCAGUGGAGACAGAAACACGAGACCAUCUCCGGGCCUCCGACGCCGCAUCACAAAGAAUUGUACGACGCGAGGCGUGAGAAACCCUCGGUUUUAGUGACGUCGCCGGGCUCGCCGGACCUGCACGCCCAAGGACGCGGUCGACACUCCCGACAUCCGACCGGAAAUGCGAACGUGGGCGGUAGUAUCCAGGUGAAGCUGGGCUUCGAUCCCGUGGGACUUCAGCUGAUCGUCACGAUAAUAUGCGCCGCGGGGCUCACGCCAAAGAGCAACGGCCAACCCAGAAACCCUUACGCCAAAGUUUUUCUGCUUCCUGACAAAAGCGAAAAGUCGAAACGACGCACGAAGACUGUGGCGAACACGAACGAUCCCAGAUGGAAUCAGACUUUCGUUUAUAAUGGAGUCAGACGCUCGGAGCUGAGGAAGCGAGCACUAGAGAUUACGGUCUGGGACUACGCUAGGUACGAGGCGAACGAUUUCCUCGGCGAGGCUGUCCUGGAAUUGGCAGUAUGUCUCCUGGACGAUGAACCAGAAUGGCAUUCUCUGACCGCUCACGGGGAACACCGGCACGUCAGGCAUUACCAAGAUUCUGAUGACAUGAUAGAGUGUCAUCUUAGUCCGCUGUCGACCGCGUCGAGAUUAAGCGACUCCGACACCUCGGAGUGCGACAUUACGGAUUGCGACGUGUCGAGAGAACAAAGGAGAACGGCUGACGGCGCCAGCAUAAGCAGUAUCGGCAGUUCCUCUAGGUUUCAUAAUAUGCCGUCAAAUUAUAAGCGCCACUAUUCUAGCCCGCCGCCGGAGAGGGAACUCUGCAUCGAUGGCGAACAUCGGAGUCGAAGGGACAUGUCGCCUCAGGGGCGCAAAAGGGCAGCCCUAAUGAUUUCUCGUGACCAACCUGCUUCUAUCUCGAGUUAUCAGACAUAUCGUAAGGACGAGAUCCAUCGGGGAAUGAUGGGUCACAGGUCGCACAGCGCGGCACCUAUGGAUUCUCCGAGUGUCAGAUACCGCGGAAGAUCUCAGAGUCCCACCGGUCAUCGUUCCUUGUCUCCACCCGAGCACAGAUCCAUCCCCUACUCGCAUGGAUAUGUUCACCCGAGAUUCGGUUCGAGAUCGGCGACCGCCACACCUACCGGAUCGCCGAAGAAACGUCAGCUACCUCAAAUCCCAGCAGCUUUGAAGGAAAGAGUCGCGCAAGAUUUUGGCGAACCAACGAGAUUCAUGAGACACCGCAACAGACAGUCUAUAUACAGGAGCACGGGUAUGGGAGGCUGGGAAAGGCAUUACAGCGGUCUUUCGGACUCGGAUCUUCCUUCAAUCGGACACGACCCACUAACAUUGCCACAUAGUCACGCUCAUAGAUUGCACAGGUCGAGGAGAGGUCACUUGAGUCCCGAUAAAGAUGUACUCGGCGAUCUUGGAGAUUCUGACAUGGAAAGCAUAGCUUCGGUAACGAGCAGUGCCUUUAGUACGCAAUCGGAACGACCACGUGGAUCGAGAGCCCUAAUACCGACAGUUAAAAACGUUUUAAUACCCGGUGCCAUAUCCCCCAUACCCCCGCCCCCUAGGCGCAAUAGGCGCAGGCACAAAUUUAGGAUACCCUGCAGCGAAUGUCACUGUCCCACCAAGCCCAGAAGCAAUAACCCUAGCAAGUGUCCCACCCUAUAUCCCCUCGUACGGAGCAAGUCCGCAGUGGUACGCUCGUUGUACAAAAAGAUGUGUACGCCAUUCACGAGAUCGCAGACCGUCGACGAGAACAUGCUGAGAUAUUACAGCUCCGAGACCAGCGAGUACAGCGUUUCCGAGGGGUACAUACUCAAGCCAGAGAGACUCGUAGCUAGUAGCGCUAAGAAUCGUAUACCGGCGACAUACAUCGAGGAUUGCCUCCGGGUCGACUUUAACGAUCGUUUUGUGGAGAAGUUUCGUUCCAAGUAUUCGGCGCCGUAUCUCGCGGGAGGAUUCGAUAUGUUGUCGCGUGAACGCGACGAUUCCGCGGCAAUGAGGACGAUGACGACGACGACGGCGACGGCGACGACGACGACGACGACGACGACGAGGACAAGGCGACCGAUUGUCUCGAGAGAUCCGAUCGACCUCCCUGACCAUCUCGAUAUUAGGAGCAUAGACGCUAGAUUGCAUCCGCGUAGGUCUUUUUUGUCCGCUAAGACUAGGAGCUUCGAUUACGACGUGAUGCACGAUACAUACGGUGAUCGUUUCGGUACUAGGCCAGGGGCCGUCGGUCUGCUAUCGCGCCGGGCCAAGAGUUUCGAGUACGAGAGCAUUUCGAGCAACAUAUUCAGCGACGACAGUCUCAGGACGGCCAGAAGAAAGCUCAAGCGGAAUCUCUCUCUCAGCGACGCCGGGUACGGUGACAAGAUACCGGCGUUGGACGAUCAGAGCAAGUCCUACUUCGAUUCUAACGGUGACGAUAAAGUGCCUACGAGUCUCGCGAGCAAAGAGACAAAUUACGAUUUUCUGCUCGAUCAGGACCACAAGCCGUUUUAUGGAUACGAUUCGGAGCUUAGCUGCGGCGAGACGGAGAUUUACGUUCCGAGUUUCGACAAACAGAGCACCGGGACCGACGACUAUCAAGCCUCGUACAGUUCCCGUUUAACGGACGACAAUGAUGAUCUCUUUAGCGCUAACGAUCCUGCUAAUCUUAGGAAUAUUCUGGACAAGGAUGACACUAGCAAGAGAAAAUAUAUGGACGGAAGUUACUUGAAUCACGACUCCUCGUAUAUCAGAGACAUAUCUUCGGAGACGAGGACCAAGAGUGUAGAUAGCGAUCCUCGUAAUUCGAUCGAUAACAUCUAUUGCAGUAUCGAGGAGGCUCUUUCGUCCAGUAAAACUUACGAUCGCGAUAUUCUCGCGAGGUCCGCCACGAAGAUCCAUGACGCCACCAACAUGGACGAGUGGAUGCCAAAGAACAUGAAAGACGUCUUGCGAUCCCGCGGAGCAAUUAAUCGUUCCUAUCAAGAGGAUGAGUACAAGGAUCGCGAGAGUUGGGACGCCGACUACGACGAAGGAUUUAUAGACCGGGAGAAAGUCGAAGGCUACGAACAGAAGCAGUUUAGUUACCUAGACAAAGGCAUUUCUGCCUUAAGGAUCGGCAGAUCGAUGCGCGUAGGCGAGUACUUUCACGACGAGACGAAACGAUCUUGCACCGUUCAGGGAAAAUGUUACGCACAAUCCGACGAUGACGACAGGAAGCUUGCGACGAGCGAUUACACGAGUUAUCGUUCGUCCGACGACUACGAGUAUACGCACAGCGCAGGUAUCGGUAAGGCGUACGACGAUGGAUCUAUACCGCGAAGACGAAGACGAAGAAGCAGGAGAGGCAGCAAAGAGGGAGGCGCAGGUGACUACGAGCACCUGCGGGCCAGAGACAUGUCAGGCACUCAGUUUAGAUUAUCGGAGAGCAAGAGAUUGAUGACGCUCCAACGAACGGAGUCCACGCCGACCCUACACUCGGACGAGGAGCUGAGCUCGACCGCGGAUCGCGCCAGACGCAUGUACCGCCGCAAGCGAAACAUCAGCUGUCCAGAGAGCAGAGAUCUGCGAAUGUACCGCCCGCGAGGAAACGUCGACGAGAGAACGUCGAGUAUCGUGCUGGACUCUGACGAGGAGUUCGGCUCGAUGGAGACGGUAGUCGGCGCCGAUUAUUUCCGUCGUACUUCGGGCUACGUGGCGGACGCUAGACCGAGCGACGGCAUUAGAUCGAGCUUAUUUGACGCGGAACAAGAUCGUGGUAGCUACUUAGACGCAAGAUACGAUCACGAGGACCGAUAUCAGGAUCGCAGUUAUCCGGUGGCACGCGGGCUAGUUAGGUCAGGGUCGCAGCGUUCGAGUCGUGAGGCGCGACACGCGUCGCGCGCUAGGCGUAAGAGUAGUUGCCCGGAGUGUCGUGAGCUAGCACUGUCCUCCUCGGAGUUAGGUAGGUCGGGAUCGUUAUCGCGGAAGGGUGACGAUUCUCGGCGUUCAUCGUUAGAGACGAAGCAUAGAUAUCGUAGGCGGAACAGCAGCUGUCCGGAGGCUAGGGAUCUCGAAAUGCUCGAGAAGAGGCAGCGUCAGCAGCCGCUCAUGCAGCUCCAUCAGCAGCAACAGCGGCACCCGAGUCAGCAGUAUCAGCAGCAGCAGCAGCAGCAGCAGCACCAGCAGCAGUACCAGCACCAGCAACGGCAACAGCAGCACCAGCAGCACCAGCAAGCGCAGCAUCAGCAACCGCAGGGAAGUAGUAAGAGGAACGUAGCGAUCAGCGACACCCUCGAGUACUACGAGUACUCGAUGGAGAGCGAGAGCCAGUGCAGCGAGAACUGCGGAUUUGGCCCGUGCGAUCCGCGUAGGCCCCGUAACCGAGCACCCCGCCCUGGUAACGCUAAUUCGAGUCUCUUUGAUUCCCAAACCGCUACCUCCGACACUGCUAAAAACUACCACCCACGGAUCGACGAUCAUCACCACCAACACCCACAAAACACGAAAACGUCGCCGCUCGCCAAUGUCGCCGAUGUGGCGUCGACGUUCCUGCCACCGUUGCCGCCGUCGUCCUCGUCGUCCGCCCGACGACGGCCCCGAAAAAAAUCCGCUUACGACGUCGACGUCGUCGCCGCCGUCGCCGUUCGUCGCGACGACGACGACGCUCGGAAUCGUCGUUCCUCAUCUAUGCCCGAAAGCAGCGAGUACACCAGCCAGUCGAGCUCGUACGAGAAGACGUCCAGACGCCAGGUCACCGAUAACGGGCACGAUGAGCACGACAAGAGAAGUCAGUUCACCAGGAGUCUCAGUAACGCCGACGUGCCGCAGGACGAGAAAGACACGGGUAGUUACAGCGACACCGCGAUUGCGUUGAAUGUUGAAGACGCAGCGAGGAGAGCCCGCAAGAGCUCGCCCGGAAGUAAAAGCGGAAGCGGCAGCAGUAGCGGAAGCGCGGUGCAGUACCAGGCGGGUCUGGGCAAGAAGAGCAAUAGCACCAGCCAAUUGUCCGCGACAGAAUGCGGCGGGAUGAUGAUGGGCAUCGGUGGAACCGCCGGCGCCGUGGCACGCGGUGCCGGCUUAACCAGCCGGAAGCGUAACAGCACACCGAGCAGCAUACAACGAUCCGAGGAGAUCAUGCCGGCCUACCAGCGCUUUGACAGCAAACAGGCAGGAUCCGCAGCCAGCGAUACCGCCGGAAGUCUCAACUCGAUCUCUAGUUCCGAAGGAAGCUCUUGGUCUCCCAGUCUGCGUAUGGCAGGCGAAGGGCAGUUGAGAGACUUCAUCGAAGAUCUUGGACCGGGCCAAGUGGUCGGAAGGCAAGCACUCGGUGCCCGUUGCCUCGGCGAAAUUCAACUGUCGUUGAGCCACACGAAGGGUUACCUUGAAGUAGAGGUCAUACGUGCCAAAGAUCUUAAAGCGAAACAAGGCAGCAAAGUAAUACCAGCUCCUUACGUAAAGCUGUAUCUGGUGAACGGUAAAAGAUGUAUAGAGAAAGCGAAAACUUUGAUGGCCAGAAAAACGUUGGAUCCGUUCUAUCAGCAAUUAUUGGCUUUCAAAGAAAACUGCCGGGGUUGUAUAUUACAGGUGACAGUAUGGGGCGACUAUGGUCGGUUAGAGGGGAAAAAAGUGUUCAUGGGUAUUGCACAGAUCGUAUUGGAUGAGCUGGACCUGAGUCAGAUGGUGUUCGGAUGGUACAAGCUGUUUGACACCCAAGCCCUGUGAAAACAAACUAAAUCAAGCAAGUUCGGGAUAGAUGUGAACUCAAAUAUGGUGUACUAGAUCAAUAAGAUGUGAAACGAUCAAUGACACUCGUUUUCAGUGAAUCUAUAUGUGGUUAAGUGAGUAAGAAAUUGAACAUAGUGAGAGAAGUAUGAAGCGACAAACGGUCAUGGACUUCAUUUGAUCGGCAUGUGAGAGAUUUAAAAUGUUGAGACAUUCAAAAUGAGAAGACAUUUCCAAACUUUGUAUAUAAUUUAGGACAGUUCAAGUACUAAAUGUCGAUCUCCGAAACGAUCGGCUAAAAAGACAUUGAAUGUUGUAAAAUUUUUAGUCAAAAAUGUCACCGUCAGAGUAUAUAUUAUUUAAUGUAAAUAUUAUAAUAACGCUGAAAUGUGAAAAUUUGCGAUAUGUGCGCGCAGGUUUGAAUGGGUAAUGAUGUUUACUUUAUAUUCUCGUUGAUUUACGAUUUUUACGAUGAUCGUCGUUAUAAUUUUGGCAUUUUCCGUUAAUUACAUAAACUCGAUCGGAUUUAACAUUUUCUAAGUAAUUAGCAUCGAAAUAAUUAGAAUGUACGAAGAUACAAUUAUUUACACAGUUUGUUCACUGAAUACCGACGUUAUUGGUUAUCGUAUUAGCACGUGUUUCUUGGCUUUUUAGAUAUCGUUUAAUAAUCUGUGUCUAAAAAAAUGAGGUAAUUAGUAUGAUGUAGAAAAUGUGGAGCAGGCAUAUGUAUACUAUAUUUCUCAAGUACGAAGCAGACUGAUAAAUCGAUUCCUACACAUCUAGUUUGGAUCUUUUCGUUAAAUUAACAAUCUCGAAGACAGAAUGAAGAAGCUACCCGAACAAUUAUGAAUCAGCUUCGUUUGAAAGCUUUAUUUAGAGAUUUCAUUCACGUAUGAAGAACCAGAUUUUGAAACAAAUUGAGAAGACAAAACCGCCCAUAUAACUUGCGUAAACGGGAUACAUCGCGGCAAAAAAUUCUCUUUCGUACUGAUUUUUGUACAAAAACAGUGAAAUGCCACUAAAUAUUUAAGAGGCUUUGUAAAUCUCUGUAAGAAACGCGUAUAAAAAUGCUUGCCAUUAAUUUUA